AUGACAAUGGACGCGACUGUGGUCGGAAUGAAGCUCAACACAUGCAUUGAUCUCGAACUACUUAUCCGGUCCCUCGUGCGAACGAAUCAGCAUCAACAACAACAACUAUACACAAUCAUUCCCAGCUCCAUCGAAUGCCUUACGCUGAGUAGACAAUACAGUUGGACGCAACGCCAUCGCACCAAAAAGCUCCUGAAGCAGCCAUCAUUCUUCCAGAUGCUCAAAGAGGUGUUGUCCAGAGUGCAGUGCUACAAGGGCACGUUCAUCGAGCUCUGCGAUCUUCAUUCUAAGUUUGCCGUUGGUCAAACGAUGCUUGAGGUCACGCUCUCCGACAUGUACACUGAGAGCGAGAGGGACGAUGAUUUGGUGGACCUAUCGCCCAUUGGAGUGGAACACUUCCCUCGCCUCCGCAAACUCAGGCUGUGGGGGCAGAACACGCGCGAUCAUUAUGACGAGCUUGACCUCAUUCCGAUGUAUCAACAGAUCAUCUCAUCCCAGUUCUCGGCACUGGAAUCACUCUAUAUCAGUUUGAAGGACACCUGCGCGUCAGCGCUGCAACAACUCUAA